CUCGCGUGUGCAGUAACUUAAAUUGUUCUUAACAUCAGAUGAGGCUAAAUGCAGAAAUGAAGUUUCUUGUAAAUCUUUGCGCAGUUGCAAGUAUUGUGUGCUUCGUUCUUUCUGAAGACAUGAAAGAAGAAUCGACAUUCAAUUAUGAAGAGAAAGUUUUGGAAAUGGUUUUAAAGGAAGACAAUGAAAUAAUGAAUGGCAACUCACGAAUUGAGAAUAACUACAAAAGUGUUCAAGAUGUCAAACAGUUAAUACAAUUACUUAUAAAUAAUACGGAAGAGAACAAGAGUGAAUUAAAAAAUCUUUUUGCAAAACAUGACUCGCGAAUUGAAAACAACUACAAACGUGUUCAAGAUGUCAAACUGUUGAUACAAUCACUUAUAAAUAACACGGAAGAACAUGAUUCGAAUUUUGUGGGGGGAGGAUGGUCGGACUGGGAGUCGUGGGGUUCCUGCUCAGUAGCAUGUGGUGAGGGAUUUCAAACACGCGUGCGUAGAUGUGACAACCCAACACCCUCAAGUCACGGGAGAUAUUGCCAUGGUGACGCCAAAGAAUGGCGAAUGUGCGAUGGGGCUCAAACAAAAGUGACAGAUUGUCUGGAUAUUUAUCGUAAAUGUCCAUCCUCACCUGACGGGGUGUAUCGAGUCAACUUGUGGAAAUCCAAGACGGCUAUCAGUGUGUACUGCGACAUGACGUCAAGCAACGGAGGAUGGACGGUUUGUUAAGUGUUAUGUUAUCCGAUAGGGGUUUGUACGUGGAAAGAUAGUAAGAGAAUAUCUUAGUUUAAAAUGUGAGCUUUUAUACGCUUAA